UACAAGUUGUAUUCAACCAUUAAAAUUAACAAUGAGGCCCACAUUAUUUCACUUGCUCGUGCAAUCACUUUUAUUAUCCUUAAUAUUACUCGUAUGUGCAAAUGCUACAACUAUUCCUAGGAGUAGAAGAGUGCUCACCAAUCUAGCAACGCAGUUUGAGGCCAUCUACCAAUUUGGCGACUCUCUUUCUGACACCGGUAACUAUGUUCGAGAAGGUGACGGGGCAAACUCCGCCUACAACAAGCUCCCUUAUGGCCAAACCAUUAACCACCCAACGGGUCGUGCCUCUGAUGGCCUUAUCAUGGUGGAUUAUAUUGCAACGUACUUUCAUCUACCACAAUUGAACCCAUAUCUUGCCACCGGAAGCGAUUUCACGCAUGGUGCAAAUUUCGCUGUAAUUGGCGCUGCUGCUAAUGGUGGAUUCAAUUCCUUAGCUAAGCAACUUGAUUGGUUUAAAACUCACCUUACAUCAACUUUCCCUAAUCCGGCAGCAAUCAAAGAAAGACUCCAAAAGUCAUUGGUGCUAAUGGGAGAAAUCGGAGGCAAUGACUUCAAUGGUCCUUUCGGUGAACACCAAACAAUACAAGAAGUAUCCAAGCUUGUCCCCGGAGUUGUAAAAACCAUCAAAGACUCUAUUGAGGAAGUGAUAGGCCUUGGUGCUACUAAUAUUGUAGUCCCGGGGAACUUUCCAAUCGGUUGCGUGCCUCUUUAUCUUGUUUUAUUCGCCACGAAUGAUACCUCAAAGUAUGACGAACUUAAUUGCUUGAAAGAAUACAAUGACUUCUCAAAGUUCUACAAUCAACAAUUGUUACAAGCCAUCCAACAAUUGCAACAAGAGCACCCAGAUGUGGCCAUUGUCUAUGCCGACUACUAUGCUGCAUUGACUUCGGUUAUUAGCAAUCCUCUCAAAUUAGGGAUCGAGAAAAACGGCACCGAAAAGGCUUGUUGUGGAACUGGUGACAAUCCUUAUAACUAUGGUGGGAAAAGUUGUGGCAGUCCAGGAUCUGUAGUGUGUCCGGACCCAAGUAAAAGAGUAAAUUGGGAUGGAGUUCAUAUGACUCAACAAGGAAACAAAGGUGUUGCGGAUCAAUUACUAAAACAGUUUGUACCCGCACUUGAAAAACAACUUCUAAGACGUCGAAGAAAAAAUCAUUAGGUAAUCGAUCUUAAGAUAUGAAUAAGUUAGUGUUUGACGAUAAAUUCUUGAUACAUUUCUUGGAAAAUUUGUACAAUUUAAAGCUCAGAUUAAUGAAGUCGGAUGAGUACAAUGUGUUUUUUGAUCUAUCUUGU